AAAAGAGUGUUAUGGAGAAAAUAGAAGAAGGACCAGCAGAGAUUUUAGAACCAACAGACCCUGCAAAGCUAUGUAUGAUGUGUAAAGAAAAAGAAUUUAAAUAUAAAUGACCCAAUUGCAGCAGCAAGACUUGCUCUCUGAUCUGUGUUAAGCAGCAUAAGAAGGAGCUCAAAUGUGCAGGAAUUCCCAAGCCAAGCAAAUUCGUGUCAAAAGAGACUUACAAUGUAAAUAAUUUAUGUAAAGACAUUACUUUUAUUCAAAAUGGACUUACCAUUGUGAACCAGUCAAGGAAAGAACUCUCAGAAGCUAAUUCAAUGAACAGGAUUGAUAAGAAAUGGAAAUUCUUAAGGUAUUUCUGUAGAAAACACAGAAAUAUUGGGCUAAAAUUAGCUCCAAGCGUGUUUAUGAGGCAUCAAAAUAACAAAACUUAUUAUAGCCAGAAUGAUAAAACUAUUUUCUGGACACUUGAGUUUAGGAUCAUCCUCAAAUCUGGAGGAAAGUACGAGAAGCCUCGGAUUAUCAGACUUUCAAAGUGUGUAAAUGAAAAAUUUUUGAUUAAAAACAUUCUAAAUGAUUUUUGUACUGACAAAACACAGUAUUACGAAGAGCAUCAUUUGUUCAUGAAUGAUAUAAAGCCAAAGCUUGAAGAUCCAUCUAAGAUACAGCUGUAUUUAGAAAGAACCAAACCUGAAGAAUUUAAGCACCUAAUUACUCCAAAGCAACCUGGAAAUCCAGACCAAGUGCAGGUUGGAGAAAUUCCUGUGCGCCCAGUCGUAGCAGCUUCAUUGACUCCUUUUGGCCCAAGCGAUGUAGCUCUGACUAGUGUAAACAAAACUUUAUCCUUGAAGGAAAUCCUUGACGGUACUGUGGUACUCGAGCAUCCUACCCUAUACAUGGUAAUAUAGUUUCUUCAAUAUUUUGAGCA